UCGGACUAGUUGCAUAUUAUUAAAAUUUUAAAUUUAGCAUUAAUUAAUGAUCAUGUGAGAAUGACAAAAUAAACAAUAAGUUGAAUAACUAGCUUGAACAUAAAAUCAUAAAAUGCUGAAAUGGCUUUAGACAGUGUAAGACUAUUUAGAUGUGACUGCACAGGGUGUAUAAAUUUAUCAUUGUUUAUGAGACCUUAUUGAAGGAACUGAUCCAAUAAUUCUGGCCUAACUCGAGAGUCUAACAAUGUGGUGCCGUGGUAUGAGUUAUCUGCCCUUGUUAUUGGUUGUUUUAUCUGUAGCAACUUUUGUGGUGACAUACAUUAUAGCAAUUUUGAAUGAUGACAUCUCUCCAGAAUUCCCGUAUAUUAGUGACACAGGGACCAAGCCCCCAGAAAGUUGCAUAUUCAGUCAGUUUUUGAAUAUUUGUGCAGCGCUUUGUUUGUGUACUAUUUAUGUUCGUUACAAGCUAGUAGAAGUGCUGGGUGAUACUGUGGAAGAUGCAAAGUUAAGAAGAUUGAAUAAAGUGAGACUUUUUCUAGGGGUACUGACAGCCUUUGGUUUAAGUCUUGUUGCCAAUUUUCAGGAGACAAAUGUUGAGCCAGUGCAUUUAACUGGGGCGGCACUUGUGUUCUGUGUGGGCGUGGUCUAUGCCAUAAUUCAGACAGCACUAUCGUACCAUAUGGAGCCAGACUUCAAUGGGAAAUAUAUAUGCCGUGUUCGCCUUACUCUGACUAUUCUCUCAACAUUGGUCAUGGUAAUUACAUUUGUAAGUGCCAGCAUAUCCAGAUACCAGAAAAAUCCUGAUACAGAUAAACUACACUGGAAACCAGAUGAACCGGGAUUUACUACUCAUAUUAUUAGUACAAUUGGAGAAUGGAUAACGGCUCUGCUUUUCUUGUUCUACUUCCUCACCUUUGUGAGGGACUUUAUGAGGUUGAAGAUUGAGGUCAGGCCCCAGAUCUUUGUGAGACAUUUAGACGAGGAGCCCACAUACCCGGGAGAGUACACCAGAUUGCUUGCGUGAGCCUGUUGAUAAACUUGUGAAGUGAUGAUACAUGUCUAAAGGACAGUGACUGAGUGAUGUCAGAAUGAACAUUCCAUAGGGAAAACAUGCUUUUUACUUUAAUUUGAUCUGAUGAUUUCUGAUAGAAUGUGAUGAUUUUGGCACAUAAAUUACCAGAUAUGCUUUUAUAAUUAUGGUAUUUAUCCAAAGCUUUUUAUUUUUGAUGUUUUGUUAAAGUCUCAUUGGCCAUAUAAAUUAGCCAUUUUAUGUUUUGCUUCUGUUGCUUGUUGGCAAUAGUAUGUUUAUAGUGAUAUUGUAUUUUGUAUGGAAGUCAAAAUAUUACUUUGUUUUCAUGACAAAUAUUUUCACAUUCAUCAUUACUUUCUUCAUGUAAUAAGCAUCUAUCAUGCUCUGAAACCAUCAUUUAAAGUUUAUAAAACUCAUGUUUACAUUUUCAAAAGGAGUAAAUCAUUGGGAGAGGACACUCAUAAGCUUUAAAGCUUUCUGUCCAAUCCCAAAAUGUACUUUGUAAAUAUUGUUCACUUGUUAAAUAUUUUGUUGAAUAGAUAUGUUUAAACUAAAAGGAUGGAAAGAAAUAUUCUGAGGAAUAAUGUAUUUUUACAACAUCUUAUCAGCAUAAUGUCUGUAAGACUUAUAGAUGUGAUAGCAUUUUAUUUAUUUAAUUUAUAAACUGUAGGUUACAGUUUCAAAGGAACUUGUAAAUAGUUUAAAAUACCAAAGAGCUUUUCCAUUGUAUAAAUAUUUAUUCUUCGUUCAACCCUGUGCCUAUACCAAAUGACAUUUUGCGAUCUGCGUGCGGUAGAAAACCCAUACAAAAAGGUCCAUAUAGUAUUUUCUCCCAUAACUCCGUAAUUUCAUUAAUUUUAAAGUGAUUAAGUGUUGACCCGCUUAUUCUAGUGAAUAACCCAUAUUUAAUUAUAACCAAUACUUAUAUUUUUACUGAAGAAAAUCAGUGCUAUUUUUAUUAAGUGAACAAGCAGAAAGUCACCCAGUUACGAUUUAUGACAAAAUAAUUAUUUCCAGGAAACAUUGUAUGUAUUGGUUACUCACUAGAAUGAAUGGACACUUUAUCCUAUAAAGAUAAUGGAAUUGGAAAAAAGUUUAGGAUCAAAGUAAAAAUUUAACAAACGCAGAUCACCAAUAGUUGGGUGGUAUAGACAUCAUGGUCACGUGAAUCACAUGAUAAAAGAAGAGCUAACAUUGUUCAUGCUUUCUGACCUGACGGUUGUAAACUUCACCAAAAGUUGUUCAAGUCAUACUUAACAUAUAGAACAGGUUUAAAAUAAAACAUGAUUUGUUUUUUACCAAAUAUGGAAGUAGAGAUGAGAAUUAUAUCUUUAUAUCUGUGUCAUGUUUUUGAAUUGUGAAUAUACAAACUGGGAUAAACAUGUAUGUAUAAAACUUUGAAGCUUUGUUCUAAACUAAGCAUACACAUUCUGCUUUUAAUUCCAUAUAAUUUUAGAUAGGAAAAUACUUUUGAUGAAAAAUAUUUCCCUACCUACCCUACCCAAACGGGCAUGGGUCAGAGGAGGGGAUAAUUUUUAGCCAGACACCCCGCUUUCAUGGUGUCUGGAAGCGUAUAUUAUGUUAAAUUGAAUGAAAUAUGCACAAAUCAACAAGUGGCAGACACAAGAAGAAUACUAUUCAAAUGUUGUUUCUAUCUAGUGUGAAAUAUCUUUGUUUUAAUCAAAAUUGAUUUACAUGUGUACAUUGACUGGGGUAUGAUACAGCUGCAAUACAACCAUAAUAAAAGGUGCGUUGUAUUUUGUAGCUUUAGUAUUGACAGUUUUGUGAGAUACUAGGUUUAUAUGUACAUGUUUAUAUCUCAUAAUAAGCAUUGCAAUACAUUGUGUGUAUAUUAGAAUUAAUAUUUAAAUUAUAUUAAUUCUUUGUUCAUUCCUACCUAUAUGAUUCAAGUUUUUAUUUGUAUGCUUACUAUAAGUGAAAAUCUAUGUUAUAUUAAUACUAUUUGUAAUCUUAGUAACAUAAUGUACUUUUAAUGAAUCAUAUAAUGUCAGAAUAUUUUAAUGUCACUAUAUCUCAAGCUGAUGUAUUUACUAUAAAAGCUACUUGACCACGUAGAUAAAACGGAAAAAAACGGAAUAGAACGGUCUAGAACAAGAAAGAAUAUAUUUUAAAUAUUGUUUUCAUUUUUUUUUUUGCAAUGCUGACUGUUCAGUUUUGUAUGCUUUGUGUCAUUAAUAAUUGAGCAUCAUUUUUCUUCCAUAUUUUAAAGGUACUUCAUUCUUUGAAUCUUCACUCAGGAGAUUUUUACCAAACAGCGGGAAUAUCAAAAUUCAACAUUUUUUCUUGUUUUCUUUCCUUAAUAUAUUGCUUUCCUUUUCUAUAAGACAGACAUAUUUAAAACAUGUACAUUCAUAACAUUAUAAACCUUCACAAAAAUACAAGAAUCAUGCCAAGGGGGCAAAAAUAUUUCUUCCUCCUAUGGGUUCAUUUAGUUCAUAUUAAAGUAGAUUGCAAACAUGUUUUAAAAAUCAUCUCCAAAACUACAUACUGCCCAAGUAAUAGAUAUUUGAAGUCUAGCAUCACCUGAUUCUUUACAAAAUUAUUUUGAGUCAUUCCCCUUGUGUCAAAAUUAGCCCGCCCGGGGGUCACUUAUUUUGUAUAAACUCAUUUAAAUCAUAUUGUGGAAAAUUUGAUAUGGAGCAUAACCUAGCGUUUAUCAUCAAAACGUGAAUAAUCCAUGACAUUGGGUUCAAAAAACGAAGCAACACUAGGGGUUACUUAAUUGUAAACUUGUCUAAAAAUUGUCUCCUUCUAAAAUAUAAUAACCUUGUCCUCUACACAAGAUAUAUAAAUCAUGCCCUGUCUCUGUGGGCGUUCGAUUGUAAAUGAUUAAUUCAUAGACUUGCAAAGUAAUAACUUGUGGUCAAUUGUCGAAAAGGUAGUUACAUAGAAUGCCUCUGUUACUAGGUAAACAGAAUAAAAUGUUCAGGAACAAAAUACGUACAUGUAGUACGCUGUUGUUUCAAGCAGGGUAUUUUUAUGCUCCCCGAAAAAAUUUCGGGGGAGCAUAUAGUCGCCGCCUUGUCCGUCCGUCUUUCCGUCCGUCCGUCCCCUUUUCUUGUCCGGGACAUAACUUUGAAACAACAAGAGGUAUCAACAUGAAACUUUGUAGGUAGAUAGAUCUCAUUGAGUAGGUGUGCAUUGCACAAGAACCGUAACUCUGCCUUGCCUAACUUUUGAAUUAUUCCCCUUUGUUUAUUUUACACUUUGAUCUUUGUCCGGGACAUAACUCUAAAAGUAUAACAGGUAUCAACAUGAAACUUUGUAGGUAGAUAGAUCUCAUUGAGUAGGUGUGCAGUGCACAAGAACCGUAACUCUGCCUUGCCUAAUUUUUGAAUUAUCCCCCUUUGUUUAUUUUACACUUUGAACUUUGUCCGGGACAUAACUCUAAAAGUAUAAGAGGUAUCAACAUGAAACUUUGUAGGUAGAUAGAUCUCAUUGAGUAGGUGUGCAGUGCACAAGAACCGUAACUCUGCCUUGCCUAAUUUUUGAAUUACCCCCCCCCCCCUUUGUUUAUUUUACAUUUUGAACUUUGUCUGGGACAAUAACUCUAAAAGUAUAAGAGGUAUCAACAUGAAACUUUGUAGGUAGAUAGAUCUCAUUGAGUAGGUGUGCAGUGCACAAGAACCGUAACUCUGCCUUGCCUAAUUUGUGAAUUAUCCCCCUUUGUUUAUUUUACACUUUGAACUUUGUCCGGGACAUUACUCUAAAAGUAUAAGAGGUAUCACAUGAAACUUUGUAGGUAGAUAGAUCUCAUUGAGUAGGUGUGCAGUGCACAAGAACCGUAACUCUGCCUUGCCUAAUUUUUGAAUUAUCCCCCUUUGUUUAUUUUACACUUUGAACUUUGUCCUGGACAUAACUCUAAAAGUAUAACAGGUAUCAACAUGAACCUUUGUAGGUAGAUAGAUCUCAUUGAGUAGGUGUGCAGUGCACAAGAACCGUAACUCUGCCUUGCCUGAUUUUUGAAUUAUUCCCCUUUGUUUAUUUUACACUUUGAACUUUGUCCUGGACAUAACUCUAAAAGUAUAAGAGGUAUCAACAUGAAACUUUGUAGGUAGAUAGAUCUCAUUGAGUUAGUUUGCAGUGCACAAGAACCGUAACUCUGCCUUGUCUAAUUUUUGAAUUAUCCCCCUUUGUUUAUUUUACACUUUGAACUUUGUCCGGGACAUAACUCUAAAAGUAUAACAGGUAUCAACAUGAAACUUUGUAGGUAGAUAGAUCUCAUUGAGUAGGUGUGCAGUGAACAAGAACCUUAACUCUGCCUUGCCUCAUUUUUGAAUUAUCCCCCUUUGUUUAUUUUUACACUUUGAACUUUGUCUGGGACAUAACUCUUAAUGUAUAAGAGAUAUCAACAUGAAACUUUGUAGGUAGAUAGAUCUCAUUGAGUAAGUUUGCAGUGCACAAGAACUGUAACACUGUCUUGCUUACUUUUGGAGUUAUUGCCCUUUGUUCAUUUUGACACUUUGAACUUUGUCUGGGACAUCACUCUAAAAUUAUAAGAGAUAUCAAUAUGAAUCUUUGUAGAUAGAUAGGUCUCAUUGGUUGGAAGUGCAGUGCUUAAGAAUCAUUACUCUGCCUUGCCUUAUUUUGAAGUAAUUGCCCUUUGUUUAUUUUUACUUUUUGACUUUUGUCCUGGACAUUACUUUAAAACUAUUAGAGAUAUCAACAUGAAACUUUGUAGGUAGCUAGAUAUAAUUGGAUAGAACUGCAAUGCUUAAAGAACCUAAACAAAGCCUGGUCUAAUUUUGGAGUUAUUGCCCUUUGUUCAUUUUUACACUUUGACUUUUACCCGGGACAUAACUCUGAUAUCAUCAGGAAACUUUAUAGAUAGAUAGAUCUCAUUGAAUAGAAGUGCAGUGCAAAAAAACAUAACUCCGCUUUACCUAAUUUUGGAGUUUUUGCCCUUUGUUCAUUUUUUUUAUACUUUCCUGUGUCCAGAACCUUCUCGGGGAGCAUCACCCGGUUCAACCUCUUCUUGUUUAAGCAGGGUAGCAUUGAUCUGGGGUAUCCGCCAUCAUGGCCCUCUUGUUAAUUGAGUUUUCAUCUAAUUUGUCAGAAUGUUUCUUCUAAUUUCUUAAAUGUGUAUGGGGCCAUUAGGGAAAGGAAUUAAAAUUUUACAUGAAAAAACUGAAACAAAGUGAUCACUCGGAAGCAUUAAUCACAACAAAAUUACAUGAAAAUUGCAGACUCGUUUUGAUUAUGUACUAGUAUAUGAGGGAUAAUGAAUAAGUGCAACAUCCCUCACGCCCCAUAGCACCGGCUUGAACGUUGCUCAAUUCUCAACACAUAAUAGUGCUGGUAUCAAUGAUAAGACACCGUGUGGGCCCUUUUCAAAAGUUAAAAGGAUCAUGUCCGUGGGGUAAAAAAUGGCCCUUUCUAAUUGUCACUUGAUCCACACAGAUGCAUUUCAGUCUUCACUGAAACUGUAUAUCCAAGAGCUUAAAUAUUUUGAAUGUACUGUAGCCUAUUGAAUAUUUGCAAAUAUUGAAAUCGUGCCCCUUGGAUGAAAAGUGGCACCACCCCUGGGUCACUUUUGUUACGUUGACUUGUUUAUAGAAAAAAAAACGACUUUACUAAUCUCCUCGAAAACGACUGUGAGCAGACAUUUAAGCAUGUAGCCUCAACCUAUUGUUCUCCACAAAUAGUUAUGUUAUAGAUGACCUCAUUUUCAAAAUUGGCCCACCUUGUUGAACACUUGUUUUACAUUUUAGUAUAUAAUUUAUAAUACAGUAUAAGUAUACAGAUUGUUGUAUUGCAUCUAUCUUAUUUUUCUCAUGCAUUAGAUUGUUAACUAAUGAUUUUCAUUCUUCAGUCAUUUUAUAUGUUCUCGCUUUUAUUAUACAUGUAAUAAAGCAAUAUUCUAUAU